AUGAAGUCUCGCGACGCCGUCACCGCGCUGCUGCUGCAGCUGUGUUGCGCCGCGGCUGCGGUCCCGGUGCCGCGCAACGUCACCCGAAAAGUACGUAUGCAUACCGGUUUCGACCCACGUCCCAGCGACCGUUGGGCGUUUUAAGUUAUUUCAGUUAUUUAUAGCUGUUUGGCAUUUUCGAAGUUUUCCGGUUUUAUGACAAUAGUAUAAAUGGUGUAGUUAAUUUCUAUCGGCGUUUUGUCAGUUCAAAGUUAUGUUGAAAUUCGUUUGAAACACGAGCAAUUGUAAUUAUAAUUUAAAACAAUAAUUAUAUCAAUUUAAAUUUAUCAAAACGUGUUCAACUUGUUUAACGCGUUGCUCAGAAUCGAUUUUCGAUCGUGUUAAUAAUUCGUUUUUCCCGACACAGGACGUUGUUUCGGAAGUGUUCCGCGACGGAGAAAAGCGGACCGACGAUGUAGCGACUUCGAGGUGUCGACCGUGCAGUGAGUGUAUACGAUAAAUUACGAUCUAAGCACUAACAGUAAUUAUUGCACAUACAUAAACUUAUUAUCUGAUAUACAUUAUGGUGUAAUUGUAUUCCAUACGUUGUAUAGAACACUAUUUAUAUUGUAUCGCGCCUAUAGACCACCAACUCUGGGGGUGCUGAAAUUACGGGCAUAUCAAACACCUCGCAGGGGCUAUGCCCCCACAAUAAAAAUUGUUUAUAAUAAACAAGCUUUGCGGGCUUUGUUCGUGCAAUAAAAAAGUUUCUGAAUAAAGUUAAUAGAUAAAUUAUUAGAAGGAUUACACCGCAAAACUGAAUGCAAAUAUAAUUUUUUCAUCUGUGUUACCAAGGUAACCCAUGAACCAACAAAAAUAAUCAGAUUUUUACCUAAUCAAAACUAUAAUUGCCUAGAAACCGUAUUUUAGGGAAUGGUAUUCAAUAGGGGGUGGAUUUCAAUAGCUAUAAAACUUCUCCGGACAACGUGGAUCAACUCUCCAGAGUUUAAUGGCAAUCGGAUGAAUGGUGCAGUAAUGCAUAAAGGACCAGCAGACAUAAAUUCGUUUUUACACAUACGUAAUAUUAAAAUAAAAAUAUAUAACCUAAUAUUAUGUGUACAUAUAUAUAUGUGUGUUUGUGUGUGUCUGUAACAAGUAAUAACACAAUAUUGUAUUAUAUUACUGGCGAAUAAAUUUGCACUAACGAAAAACACGUACAACAUAUUGUUUCCCUAGCUUUAUCUGAGAAGUCUGUGAUAGUGGCGUUCGAAGUUUAAAAAACAUCCGCGUCCCGCAACAACAUGCUGAAAUUUAGUCCAACUCAAAUCACUUCAUUGUGCCUAAAAACAACUUUAUAAUUUUCGAAUGUGUACUUGUGUAGUUUAGAGGAAGCGGCUGUACGGAAGUAAAUUUAAUAACAGUAUUUACACGGUUUUUCGCAGCUUGUGGCGUCGGUCAUCCCGGUUCGAGGAUUGUUGGCGGUACUGAAGUCAAGGACAACGAAUACCCGUGGAUGGCGUCGCUUUGGAACACCAAGAGGAAAUUCUUUUGCGGAGGUUCCGUCGUCACGGACCAAUACGUUCUCACGGCAGCCCACUGUUUCAAGUGAGUAUGCCUCAGCUGACUCUUAUACGAGUACCUGUACUCUUCUCUUCGCAUUUAUGCCACGCGAGUGGGGUCAUCUACUCGUAUUCUCACCCUUUGCACCAUUUCAAUAUUCACAACCAUUUCUUCGUCUACUCCACAUGCCCACGUACCAUCCCUGUACUGAUGACUUUAAGUCGAUUUUUAAAUUCUGAGUGGAGCGAAGAAGCUUAUGGUUUUACAAAAAUGUUUAUUUUUUAUUUAUUAAUUUUUUUCUAUGGACAAAUUUCCUACCAAAAAUCCUGUUCCGGUUUUUAAGUGUAGUACAUUUCCUGAAAGGAAAUUAGACUGCGGAGGUACUUUUUGAUUUUCCCAGAAGUUUGCUCAACAAAUUAGAAAAAACGGGAAAAUGUACGAAAUGCAGGUAUUAUUUGAUAAACAUUUUUUUUUUUUUUAUCUGUGAACAACUUUUCUUCUAGCAAUUUCGUUCCGAUUUACUAUGAUAGCAAUUUUUCUAAAAGGAAUUCUGACUGGGAAGAUCCUUUAAGGAAGUAAUUUUUGAUUUUUCCAGGAUUCUUCCCGAUAAAUGGGAGAAACCGGGAAAAAACAGUAAGGAAACUGGAAAAUAGGUACAACAUUAAACAAAUAUUAUUAAAGAAAAUAUAAUGUAACGUCUAAAUGUAAUUAUUUCACCAUAAUAUGGCAUGUACAUCGUUGACAAAGCAACACUAUCAACUGAACUUCGCCCAGAAUCGUUAUUUCGUUAGCGACGGUUCGUCGUUGCUUACACAUAUACGUGGAAUUUCCCCUCUACCGCCUUUCUAACUUCUCACCAACAACGGUGGCUGCACCUACGUGCGAUGUCGCCCGGCUUUUCAUAAUUCUUCCCGUGCACAUCUUCCACGCGGAUAUCCAUUCACCCAUACACGCAUACGCAAUACCAAAGUUUCCCCACUAUUAUAUUGUUCCGUCUCGCGGUGCUCCCCCCCCCAUUUAUGUAUAUAUUUUUACCUGUGUGUUCUGUAAAAUAAUAACGCGCGCUCGGUUACGUAUUUUAAGCGAAGACCCGGCGCCGAACUAUCGAGAAAUCUACACGGUGAUCGGCCAGAACAACAGACCAAAUCGGUUGUUACCGGGCGAUCCGCGCGCUGUCAGGGCUUCGGUGGUGAAGGUGCACCACAAGUACGAUCCGAGGGGCGCGAACGUGCACGACAACGACAUAGCGCUGGUGAGACUGUGCAAACCGAUAAGAUUCGAACACGCAGUGCGGCCAAUUUGUUUGCCGAUGAUCAGUAAUAACGACACACGUAUAUUAUUAUAAUGUAUACAUAAAUAUCGACGCGUAGUAACGACCGCCGGACGCGUAUCCGCCGGGGUCGGGGAUACAAUUUGUUCGUUUUUUCCUUUUUUUUACUAGAGUUACCGGCGUGUUGGCGCGUAAAAACCGCGCCUAUAAUGUAGGUAUACGCGCGCGUUUCGGUUGGCCGCUACAAUAUUAAUUUGAAAGCUCUGGAUGCGAAAUUGUUUUUAUCACGCGCACUGUACUAACUGCCAGGGACCAUUUGCAGCGUCUUCCGAAAAUGCCGCGUUCAUCCGCGAAAUCGGAGUGUCCGAACGGGAGAUUAGUGCACAGGCUGUCCCACGGAGAUGUACUCCGUAAACUAUUGUAUUAUCUCCGAAGAUAAUGAAGAUAAUCAAAUUAUGUUUGUUUUUUCGUAUUACUCACAGGGAGGAAGACUACAAAUAUUUACAUUUGAAUUCAAUUUAUUUUUUUUUUAUUAUUAUUAUAAGAGAAAUUAAAAAAAAUAACUUUUUAUUUUCGGAAAAUUUGAAAACCGAUGUUAUCGCGUAACGCCGUUAAGUUAAAUCCCUUGAUAACAUCGGUUUUCACACGGAUUAGUAGAAUUUAAAACGGCUGUUACUUAGAAACUGUUCAUCGUAUAUAAAUAUGUGAUGUAUUUAAAUUUACGGAAAAAUAUAUUCUACAGAAUGGCCAUCUUAAAAUUUUUUAAGUUAUUUUUUUAAAUUUCUCUUACAAUAAAAAUAAAUUGAAUUCAAAUAUUCAAAAGGCAUAUCUUCAUUGGGACAGCUUAUAUAUAGAGAGGGAAAGGUGAUUUAAAAAAAAAACCGCUACAAACUUACUAUUACACCGCGAUUUGUUUACUAAAAUCAGAUGUCAUUAUCUGCAGAGCUUUUAGAGGUAAACACUACUCAACAGGACCGUCUUUAGAGUGGUGGUGGUUGUGGGGGGUGGGGGGGGAAAGGCGGGCAGAGCAAAUAACGAUUUAAAUUAGAAUGCAAUAAAAUAUGAAAACAUUUAAAAUUUCGCCCCAGGCCUCGCAAUUUCUAAUAACGGCUUUGCUGACCAAAAAACGCGGCACUCUAAACCAUUGAUUAUAGAAUUCACUUUAUAAUUAAUGCUCUGAAUUUAUACAAUGUGAAAUAUCUAUACAAAAUAAUAUUAUACAUUCUACCAACUAUCGCGUAAAACGUAUCGCCGGCAGGUAGGCCACUUGUUACGUACACAUUAUACACAUGUAUUAACUGCAGGUAGGUACAUAUCUGCGUCCAGUGGCGUGAUAAUUGUACAGGUAUUUGAGGGAGAUUUUCGGGAGACGCGGGCAAACUUGACACUGAUUGAACAAUUGUUAUAAAUUAUAUUGUACACAAUCGAUGAGGAAUAAUAAAUACUACUAUGCGUUCACAAUCACUGGCCCGUGUUUACUGUUUAAACGACGCGCGCGGUCUGAAGGGGCCGAAGACAGAUCAAUUCACGGUGAGACUUUGAGAAACCAUCGUUGUUUUCGGCUGAAACGGCGAGACGCGAACAUUUUAUACACGUGUAUAGAGGUUAUUCGUGAGCGUAUUCGGAAAAUGGAUUAAAUUCAACGUGCGUCCUGUUUGAUGCUCCUGUGGGUUAAAAAAAAAAAAAAAAUUCACGAGAUUUCUUUUAGCCGUCGAGUGAGGUGUAGGCGCGGGCCGCCGAAAUAUCCGUCUCUCGCAAAGCCGUAAAUGUCGAGUCCACCACGCCACUGCGGCGGCGUUAUCGCCGACAACCGCACUGUCGGUUUUCCACCGUGAGUAUCAUGGGGUGUUCUUCAACAGGGCAUGAUUACGGCGGGCUGACCGCGUCCGUGGCCGGAUGGGGACAGCUGAGCGAGUUCAGCGCCACGACCCUGUACUUGAGACACGCGACGUUGCCUUUGUGGAACGAGGAAGAAUGCACCGGCGUUCCGGAGUUCGUGAAAACGGGAUACACGGCCAACAUGCUGUGCGCCGGGCUUAACGGCGGAGGAAAAGAUUCGUGUCAGGUAAGCGGCAGCGAUGCGGGUCGCAGGCGGAACUGGGAUAGGGGCUACGAAUUCCCGAUAUGCUAAUAGCCCUCCCACCCACUCUCAAAUAGAAUGUGUUCGUAUUGGGGUAUUAUUUUAGGUUCUGAGCGUAACGACGAGGGUUUUGCAAUGGUGUGCAUUUUAUUGCAUUUCAUUUCAGAUUUCAGUUGCGGUAUUGUUGUUUAAAUGCGUACAUGUUGGGGGAGGGGGGAUAAAUUCGAAUAUUAUCGACCCCUCCUCCAAAUAAUUCCAUCACACUUCCGCAUAACAUAACAGCGUUAUCGUCUGGUUUAUAAAUGAUAACUGUUUUAGGGCGACAGCGGGGGACCUCUUAUGAUUUACGAGAACAACGAACAAAUCACAGUGGCAGGUGAGUCUACAUUAUAAUAUAACACAGUUUAUAAUUCCGUGUUGUUGAAAUACAUUGUUAUUUACGAUAAUCAGAAAAAAUUCAACAAAUUCGAAGAUUCAAAGUGAUUUUUCUUUUUUCAAGGGAUCGUUUCUUGGGGCAUCGGAUGCGGCGCUCCCCGGCUGCCCGGUGUUUAUACAAGGGUUGACAAAUACCUUGAAUGGAUCACAAGAAACACAAAAGAUAGUUGCCAUUGUUCAAAUUGA